ACGCGGGGCGGAGCGCGGCGCUGAUUGGUCGCGGCGCGGAGGGGGCGGGGCCCGGCCGGGCUAUGGAAGUGCGCGCGCUUUCGCGCGGUAGCGGAAUCGCGGUCGGGUGACUCAGACCCAGCAGCAGCACCAUGGCGAGCUCAACACAGAGCCUCCCCAGCGCCGAGCUCUGGGCCUCCCAUAACAAGAUGGUGAUGGAGCCGCUGGACACCAACGACCCCGAGGUGCACAGCAUCAUCAAGAAGGAGAAGCAGCGGCAGAGGUUGGGGCUGGAGUUAAUUGCAUCGGAGAACUUUGCAAGCCGAGCAGUCCUGGAGGCCCUGGGAUCGUGCAUGAACAACAAAUACUCUGAGGGUUACCCAGGACAGAGGUACUACGGCGGGACGGAGUUUGUGGACGAGCUGGAAAGGCUGUGCCAGAAGCGAGCCCUGCAGGCUUACCGGCUCGACCCCCAGAAGUGGGGAGUCAAUGUCCAGCCCUACUCAGGGUCACCUGCAAACUUCGCGGUGUACACGGCCCUGGUGGAGCCCCACGGCAGGAUCAUGGGGCUGGACCUGCCCGAUGGUGGCCACCUCACCCACGGCUUCAUGACGGACAAGAAGAAGAUCUCUGCCACCUCUGUCUUCUUCGAGUCCAUGCCCUACAAGGUCAACCCCAAGACCGGUUACAUCGACUAUGACAAGCUGGAGGAGAAUGCCCGGCUCUUCCACCCCAAGCUGAUCAUAGCAGGUGUCAGCUGCUACUCGCGGAACCUGGACUACGCCCGCAUGCGGAAGAUCGCCGACGACAACGGCGCCUACCUCAUGGCCGACAUGGCCCACAUCAGCGGGCUGGUGGCCGCCGGCGUGGUGCCCUCGCCCUUCGAGCACUGCGACAUCGUCUCCACCACCACCCACAAGACCCUGCGGGGCUGCAGGGCCGGCAUGAUCUUCUACCGCAAAGGCACCCGCAGCGUGGACCCCAAGACAGGCAAGGAGACCCUCUACAACCUGGAGAGCCUCAUCAACCAGGCGGUGUUCCCGGGGCUGCAGGGAGGCCCACACAACCACGCCAUUGCAGGGAUCGCCGUGGCGCUGCAUCAGGCCAUGACACCCGAGUUCAAGGCUUACCAGCAGCAGGUGGUGGCCAACUGCAAGGCACUCUCAUCAGCACUGAUGGAGAUGGGCUACGACAUCGUCACAGGGGGCUCUGACAACCACCUGAUCCUGGUGGACCUGCGCAGCAAAGGCACAGACGGCGGCCGGGCCGAGCGGGUGCUGGAGCUCUGCUCCAUCGCCUGCAACAAGAACACGUGCCCUGGUGAUGUCAGCGCCCUGCGGCCCAGCGGCCUCCGCUUCGGGACGCCGGCUCUCACCUCGCGCGGCUUCCGGCAGGACGAUUUCCGCAAGGUGGCCCAGUACAUCCACAAAGGGAUCGAGCUGGCUCUGCGUGUGCAGAAGGACAUGAGCCCCAAGGCCACGCUGAAGGAAUUCAAGGACAAAUUGGAAGACCCAAAAUAC